UGACGCAGUUACGUUUCAGUCCUGGCGGUGAGGGGAUCUUACCACAAGCAGUUACUGAGGCAAAGGUUACUUGUUGUUCUGCAGCAGUUUCACGUGAAUUUCUUGUUCAGCAAGAGUUGCGCGCGUGUGUAUGUGUGUGUGUUUCUCCGCAUUAGUGUCCGCGACCUAUUCUGUGAAAUAUGUACGCGAACGACACCAUAAGAGCACUCCACGCUGCGGUAAAGGCCGGCAACUUGCAAGGUGUCGUGGAAAUGCUGGCAAAAGGAGCAGACUUCGAAGCCGCAGACUCUUUCCAGGUACGACCGAUCCAUUUGGCUGCGGGAGAAGGUCAUUUGGACAUUCUUAAAGCUCUUAUCGCACGGGGCUGUAAUGUAAACGCAGGGGCUUGCAUAAUUACCCCAGUGUUUAAGAGGCUCGAGCAGGGUAUGACGCCGUUACAUUUUGCAGCCAGAAAUUUUGACCCAAGCGUAGCACACACUUUGAUCAGUGCUGGUGCUAAUGUGAACGCCAAAACUAGUUCCGGUGUGUCUCCACUGCACAUUGCGGCUCAGCGCGGCCAUUCGUCCGUAGUGGAAGCACUAGUUUCUGCGAAUGCAGACAUGAAUGCCAUUGACGCUGGAACGUUGAAUCCGUUGCACUGGGCAGUUCGCGAGGGCAAUUUAGAUGCUGUAAAAAUUCUUAUACGCAGUGGUGCUGACGUUGACGCGAAGACUUGUCUACAGACUACACCAUUGCAUUACGCAGCAGAUCUCUGGCAUGUUGAAGUAGUCAAAUACCUUUUGGCAAAAGGAGCCGAAGUUAAUGCAAUUGAUAACAGAAGGUGGACGCCGCUUCACUUUGCAGUAGAUGAGGAUUCCACCCAAAUACUUCUCUUCAGUAAGGGACACUUGGAUGCACGGGUGCAUGCUUCAAAACUGAAUACCACGAAAGCUCUCAUUGAAAACGGAGCAGAUGUAAACGCAAAGGGAAGCAAAAACGAAACCGCCCUGUACCUGGCUGCGAAGUACGGCGAUCCUGUAGUCGCUAGAUGCUUAUUACAGAAUGGUGCAUAUUACAAUGGGAACACUUCCAUGUCAGAGAUUGCUGCUCUAAUAAGAAACGAGAAUGUAAAUGCUUUAUUGUGUGCUACUGAAAAGCUGUUUGAAGCUGUGAAAAAACGCAAUUGUGCUGAAAUUGAAAAAUGUGUUCAAGAAGGGGCACCAGUCAACAGCAGAAGCAUAAAGUAUGAAACACCGCUUACGUAUGCAUCUUGGAAAGGAGAUUUACCUGUUGUUAAUGUUUUGCUUAAACAUGGGGCUUGUGUUAAUUUGAGCAACAGUAAUGGUGUUACACCUCUGCAUUAUGCAGCAAAAUUUGGGCAUCAUGAAAUAUUGUGCAUUUUAUUGCAGCAUGGUGCAGUAUACAAUGCAACAACCAAAACAGGCAAAAAAACACCACUACAUUUCGCCCAUGAAGCUGGAAAACAAGAAGUUUCAGAGACACUAAAACUGAUUGAUCGUAUGUUUAUUAGAAUGAGCAAAAAGGAUGAAACAGUGCUAAAAGAGUUAACUGAAUUAAAGGACAUAAAUUAUGCUAAACUUCUUGCUGUAAAAAAUUGUAAAAAUAUAAAUCAGGAAACUCUGACACAAAUAGCUUCAAAAAAUGGCUAUGAAGAACUUUGUAAAAUGUUUUGUGAUUUGUAUUUGUAAAAUGUUUUGUGAUUUGUAACAGAGUAGAGCACUGUGCUAGUACAUUACACAAAAAUUUCAGUGAUUGGUUUGACAAAAGUAAUUAAAAGUUGUGACAUGAUUUUCUGAGAUUUUGUACACUGUCAAAGGAUAUUUUAGUAUACUCAUUAGCAAAUUAGUCAUCGUCAAUUAUUGCACUGAACACAAAAUUGCUGUAUUGUGUAAUGACAACCUAUGUGCAUUUGAAAAGUUUAAAUGGUUAUUUUUAAUUCAUUCUACUGAUGGUCCACUGACAAACAUUGUAAUUAAAUGUUGCACAUCAUCACUUACCAGAUUGCUGUGAAUAUGCUUAUGCGUAAGUACUCAUCCUUAAGUGCCCUCUGAUGUAAAGCAUUUCAGAAAACUCAAAAUCUGUACACAUUUGAACAUUUUAGUAAUAUUUGUGUGUUUAUUUGGGAGAUGAUACAAUCUUGUCUGUUAUUUCUAGGUACAUAUGUUAUGUUUUCUUUUACUUCAUUGUUAGAAGCAUGUGACAGUAAUCAGUGAGUGAAAUAUUUGUUUGAAGACUCGCGAGUCCUAUGAUUUACUGAACAUUGAAUCAAUUACUCACUCUAUAAAAUGGAAAAUGUCUUCACAAUGACCACGUAAGAAUGUAUGAAGUUUCAUGUGUAAGAUGUAUUGUAAAACAAUA